CACAGUUUGUGGGACCCCAGGAGGUGAGAAGGAACAGCCUCUGCUCCCGGCUGGGCCCCGCAAGGCUACCAACAGUCUCCAUCUCUCCCACACUCAGCUAUUUUGGGGAGUGAGAACCCCAACUUUUUCCAGAUGAAGAGAGCUCACCUGCUGGUCGUGGGGGUCUACUUGCUGGCCUCUUGCAGGGCAGAGGAGGGGCUGAAGUUCCCCACGUACGAUGGGAAGGACCGAGUGGUAAGCCUUUCGGAGAAGAACUUCAAGCAGAUUUUGAAGAAGUAUGACUUGCUCUGCCUGUACUACCAUGAGCCUGUGUCUUCAGACAAGGUCGCGCAAAAGCAGUUCCAGCUCAGAGAGGUUGUGCUGGAGCUUGUGGCCCAGGUCCUGGAACAUAAAAACAUAGGCUUUGUGAUGGUGGAUGCCAAGAAAGAAGCCAAGCUUGCCAAGAAACUGGGUUUUGAUGAGGAAGGAAGCCUGUAUGUUCUAAAAGGUGACCGCACAGUUGAGUUUGAUGGCGAAUUUGCAGCUGAUGUCUUGGUGGAGUUUCUCUUGGAUCUCAUUGAAGACCCAGUGGAGAUCAUCAACAACAAGCUGGAAGUCCAAGCCUUUGAACGCAUCGAGGACCAGAUCAAACUCAUCGGCUUUUUCAAGAAUGAGGACUCAGAAUAUUACAAAGCGUUCCAAGAGGCAGCUGAACACUUCCAGCCUUACAUCAAGUUUUUUGCCACCUUUGACAAGGGGGUUGCAAAGAGAUUGUCCUUGAAGAUGAAUGAAGUUGACUUCUAUGAGCCAUUUAUGGACGAGCCCAUUGUCAUCCCUAACAGACCGUACACAGAAGAGGAGCUCGUGGAGUUUGUGAAGGAACACCAAAGACCCACUCUGCGCCGCCUGCGCCCAGAAGACAUGUUUGAAACAUGGGAAGAUGAUCUGAAUGGGAUCCACAUUGUUGCCUUUGCGGAGAAGAGUGACCCAGAUGGUUACGAGUUCCUGGAGAUCCUAAAGCAAGUUGCCCGGGACAACACUGACAACCCUGACCUAAGUAUCCUGUGGAUUGACCCAGAUGACUUUCCUCUGCUUGUUGCUUAUUGGGAGAAGACUUUCAAGAUUGACCUGUUCAAGCCGCAGAUUGGAGUGGUGAAUGUGACCGAUGCUGACAGUGUCUGGAUGGAGAUCCCAGAUGAUGACGACCUGCCCACGGCCGAGGAGCUGGAAGACUGGGUCGAGGACGUACUCUCUGGAAAGAUCAACACUGAAGAUGAUGACGAUGAGGAUGAAGAUGACAAUGGCAAUGACGAUGGAGACAACGAUAAUUCUGAUGAGGAGGACAACGACGACAGUGAUGAUGACGAUGAUGAAUAGCUUCAGCCCUAAAUGAGUCUGGUGACAAGCGAGUCGCAGCUACCCACUACCACACAGACAGCCUAAGGUGGCAGCAAGCAGCGUGCCCACAGCCAGUCCCUCUCUUCCCCUCCCAAAAUCUCUUCCCCCUUGCGUCUCGCCAGGAGACGUGCAUUCCAGCAGACGCCUUUCAGAGCCAGCCGCCCUGCUCAGCAGGGACAAGAGGGGAACGAUUCCCAUGCGGCCCUGUCACAUGGUCAGCAUCAGGGAACAGUUUCUGUUCUUCGCUAGACCUUCCAGGGUCAUGGCAGUGCUGGCGUCUGGAAGUCUGGGGACAGCUCUCCCCAACACCUCCAUCCUGACUUCUUUACAUUGGCUCCGAUGGUAGCCACCUUCUAGUCAGAGCUCAGAGAAGACAUACUUAAUCAACUCAGCCCCACAGCCAGAACAUGACUGAACUCAGAUCCAAGUUUUGGAUGUCUAACCAGACUCCUUGAAACAUGUAGGUGUCACCAUCAGUUCUAGCAUACUGAGGUCCCGGGUUGGGAGAACAACCCACUGAGCUUCCCACCAGAGGGGACAGGUCUCACCCAUUCACCAGCAGUGGGGGAGGAGAGAGGCUGAAGAGUUAAACAGUUUUAGCUUAUUUCUGAGGGGUUAGGUUCAUGUUGCUCAAUGGUCAGCUGACCUUCUAGCCUGAGCUGGGAAUGGAGCGCUCCUUCCCUGUCGUGGCUACUGAGCCAUGCCAUUGAGUUUGCUUUCUCCAGUGGUCAAUUAACUCCAUUCAUCAGCACUCCCACAUUUGACCAGGGCAGCAGUAAUUAGAGUUCAUGAUGCCCCGAGGCACUGAAAAAAAUCCCCCAAGUGCCUUUCACACUGUCUGAAAGUUACAUUGUGCUUGGUAGUUUUAGUGUUAAGUGUUCUAAUUUAUUUUCUCCUUUUGUUAACACAUAUCAGAC